GUUAUCAAAAAUGGAGUUCAGGCCAAACCCUUACUUGGUUUACAAGAGAUAUGGCAAAAGAAAGAAGGCAGAUAGCUCGCUAAGAAUUAGCCAGUGCUAUUAUGUUCCUGAUGAUAUACCUUUUUAUAAGCCAAGUAGGGAUAAACACUCCAACAAGUCGCGAAAAUAACUAUGUAAAGGCUAACAGAUCUAUUGAUAACAUCAAGCUCCGAGAUAUUGACAAUCUAGAAUAUCUAAAAAGAGCUCCAAAACUUGCUGGAAUCAGUAAACGAUCUCAAUUCAAGAACCCUAAAAGGCUGUCUAAAAUUAAAUUUAAGAAACACUUUGGGAGGAGGAACAAUUACAUUCAGAACAGCAUUCAGCCAUUUGUACCAGAGUCAAGUUUUGACUACUCUGAUUUCAAAGAGGUUGGCUAUGGGUUCAAGUAUAAUGGACAUACAAGGAACUUAUCUAGAUUUUCUCAGUAUUCAAGCCUUGAUCAUCGGGCUACUCCUCUAUCGAUGUCUCCUACUAAUCAGCGGAGUAUACCCACAAGUAUAAGGAAUAAAUUUGUUAAUAGUAGUUGUUCAAUUCCAAGGUAUGAAGGAAAUAUUUGAUGGUGAUUCAAAUUAGCUUUGUUAGCUAAAAAAAUUAUAUUUUGAUAUCAAAUAAAGAGAUGAAAGCUUCCACAGAAGAAAGUAAAGAAUGUAAAGAUCAAGAUUACUAAACUUAAAAAUGAAGAAAGUAAAGGAGAUCAAACUAGAGUUGAAGAAAUGAUUAAACAGCUUAUUGAGAAAAAUCCUUACAAAGUGAACCAUUUGAAAGAUAAAAUACAUAAGCUGCAUUCAAAAUGUAAAAAAUCUUAA